AUGGAAAAUCAGAACAAUGUCACAGAAUUUGUUCUCUUGGGACUUUUCAUGAACCAGGAUCUCAAAAUGAUGUGUUUUAUAAUCUUCUUGUUCUGCUAUUUUGCCAUUUUCCUGGGGAACUUUGUAAUCUUUAUCACCAUCACAUGUAGCCAUCUGAUACAACAACCCAUGUACUAUUUUCUUUGUCAUUUGUCCUUAAUGGACCUGGCGUAUACAUCCACCAUAGUCCCUCGGCUCAUCAGAGACUUAAUUGCAAAGGAAAAAACAAUAUCCUUUAGUAGUUGUAUGACUCAGCUCUUUACUGCUCACUUCCUGGCUACUGUUGAGAUGUUCAUCUUGGUUUCCAUGGCCUUUGACCGCUAUGUUGCCAUUUGUAAACCCUUACACUACAUGAUCAUAGUGAACCGACAGAGAUGUAACACAAUGAUCCUGAUGGCCUGGGUGGUGGCAUUUUGGCAUGCCAUUGCCCAGAUGCUCAUGGUUGCUAGGUUACCAUUUUGUGGCCCUAAUAAAAUAGAUCACUAUAUAUGUGAUGUCAAACCCCUCUUAAAACUUGUCUGUGCAGACACACAUAUUGCUAAUAUCUUAGUCAUAGCUAAUUCUGGGAUGGUUGUUUUAACUACCUUUCUUGUCUUGGUGGCAUCUUACAUUGUCAUAUUAUACAAUCUAAGAAAGCACUCAUCAGAAGGUCGGCGCAAAGCACUCUCCACUUGUGGUUCCCAUGUCAUGGUUGUUGUUCUGUUCUUUGUACCCUGUAUUUCCACCUAUAUCCGACCUCCCAGUGCCAGCAAAAAUGAUAAAGAGUUUUCCAUGUUUUAUACUGUCAUUGGACCCAUGCUGAACCCUCUCAUCUACACAUUGAGAAAUGCAGAGAUGAAGAAUGCCAUGCAGAAGGUGUGGUCAAAUAAAAUGUCAUUGACAUUUAAAUAA